AUGGCUUCGUCGCCCCUCACAGUCCUUCCAGUUGCCCGUGGCACAUUUUCAUCUACCCAACUUAAUACUGGCCCGGUUCUCCCUUACAUACGAUCAAUCAUGACAGGCACUAAGAGAAUAAUACCGGAUGGAGCUAUCUCCCCUCCCCCGCCGAAACGCGCAGCUACAGGAGCGGUGACUAACAACAGGACACUAUCCAACUUUUUCACGCCCUUGUCCCAAAAGAAGCCUGAUAUCACCACUUGGAGAAUAGUCAACAACAGCUGUGUAGUGGGAAAAUACCACUCGGAACAGGCUGCAGAAGCUGUCAAAUCCGGAUCGAAACGAAGAGUUGCUGCCUUCGAUCUUGAUUCUACCCUGAUCGCAACAAAAUCUGGCAGACGGUUUGCAACAAAUGAGAAUGAUUGGAAAUGGUGGAACCCAAGUGUUCCUAAAAAGCUGAAGGAGCUGAAUGAUGAAGGGUACCUGGUCAUCGUUCUGUCGAAUCAAAAGGGCAUAAGCCUGAAGAAGAACCUUAAAGGUGGUAGGCUGGAGUCGAAGAGCUUGUCAAUAUUUAAGCAAAAGGUUGCAGCGGUUAUGCAAACUUUGAAUGUACCAUUUGCCGUUUACGCCGCGACGGAAAACGAUGAAUUCAGAAAGCCACGCAUGGGGAUGUGGAGGGAGAUGGUUGAUGAUUACGACCUCAACGUUUGUGAUUCCUUAGAUCUGAAACAGUCUAUUUUUGUUGGUGAUGCUGCUGGUCGUGAAGGCGACCAUUCCUGUGUAGAUCGUGAUUUUGCAUCAAACGUCGGAAUCCUUUUCAAGACUCCCGAAGAAUUUUUCUUGAACGAAGACCCCAAGCCGAUUAUAAGACAUUUCGAUCCCAAGGCCUACAUCGUUGGCACAUCGGAAGACAUACAAAUAUCUUUUGAGAAGAAAAAUGAUCCUGAACUUGUCAUAUUUUGUGGAAGUCCGGGGUCAGGGAAAUCGACGUUUUAUUGGAGAUGCCUGGAGCCCCUUGGUUAUGAGCGGGUGAAUCAAGAUAUUCUAAAAAGCCGGCCAAACUGUCUCAAGGCUGCAAGAGAGCAUUUAAAAGUGGGAAAUUCGGUAGCUGUUGACAAUACAAAUGCGGACUCGGAAACCCGUGCAUAUUGGAUCGAACUUGCGAAGGAAUUUUCAGUUCCUAUCCGGUGUAUCUAUCUAAACACUCCGCUGCAAAUCUGCAGGCACAACGAUGCUGUGCGCUCAGCCAACCCAAAGAUGGAGUCGCUAAAUCCUGAAUCCCGUACCGCUCUCCCGGGAAUGGCUUUUGGAGAUUUCAUGCGUCGAUUCCGUGAACCCACCCUCUCCGAAGGGUUUCAAGACAUUACUCAGGUCGAGUUCAAAUUCCGGGGGGAUUCUGCUGCCAAGGAGGUUUGGGGGCAGUUCUGGGUUUGA